AUGAGAGCUGCGCGUGUCCGACCCACCUCAACUGACGGAGUCCCAUAUGGGUUUCCGGGGAAUGUUGCUCCAUCUUCGGCCAUCGAAGUCCACGAGAAUAUCCCCAAACCCCACAUAACGAAACCCGGUGAAUUAUUGAUCCAGGUCAAGGCUUCCACCGUGUAUAAAGAUAAUCUCGAAUGGAACGAGCUUUACCCGCCGAAUCAUGCAACAUUGGGAAAUGACUUCUCUGGGAUAGUCGUCGCUGUGCACGAGGGCGAGGGGAGUUUUCGAGUUGGCGAUCAUGUAUACGGCAUGACGCAUGCCGGGAGGGGAGGAACAUGGGCAGAGUACGCCAUUGUCACAACCGAGGAAGCAGCCAAGAAGCCGGAUAACCUGUCAUGGGAGGAGGCUGCUGCCAUCCCCGGGAGCGCUCUCACUGCGGACCAGGCACUGUUCAGGCAUGUAGGCCUCGAUACUACAGCACACAACGGACAAAAGCGUGUUUUGAUUACCGGAGCAGCGGGCGGCAUUGGCACAUUUCUAGUGCAAUUUGCCGUACUUGCUGGCCACCACGUGGUCGCCGCGUCCAGCUCGAACCAGCGGAAUAAGGCCUUCCUGCAGACCCUCGGUGCCCAUGAAGUGGUGGAGUACGGCGAUUUCUCCACUCUAGAGAAGGUCGACGUGGUAGUUGACUCGGUCGGGGCCCAGGUUCUCGCAGAUUGCUGGGCUGUCAUCAAGCCGGAUGGUACCCUCUUGUCCUUUGAUGCCUGCAGCUGGGGUUUUAGGGAAGAGCAUAGCAAAAAUGGUAUCAGCCAAGGAAAGGAGGGUGUUCGGGCUCUGUACAUGAUUGCGGAACCUUCAGCGGAGAGCAUGGCGCGUAUCACCAAACACGUCGCGGAGGGUCAAAUUAGGGGCCGUGUAUCCAAAGUGGUGUCUUUGAACGAUGUGCGCGAAGCCUACGAAUCUGCCCAUUUCAGAGGGGCGGGGCAUGGGAAGAUCGUGGUGCGGAUCUAA